AGGGCCGCUAACGCAGAGAAUAGGUGUGCUCUUUCCUCCCGCAUUAUUUUUACAUGCUGACCCAACGUCGAAGUCUCUGCGCACAGGAAAACUUUGGUGUUUUGGUCGACCAACAGCGGGUGGCGAGCUUCACAGUUUCUUUCACAGCGACAUUACAGGGUGCGUGGACGCAGACGCGCUGCUCAUCUUUCAGAACCAAGGACAGAGGCUGCUGCGUAGUUUGAAACCAGAGGCUUUCCCCAGCGGCCCAGCACUCAGCUCCACCGCUGCUGCUUUGAAGGAUACACUGACUCACUGUAGUUUGUCAGCGCAUACCUUCGAAGCUUCGAAAAUUACAUCGUUGUCACUGUUUUCUUUUCUUUCCUGAUUUUCCAGACGCUACAGGGCUCCUCCUUGUUUGCCAUUUCCGAUAGAAACGUGUUUAGUCAGAGUACAGAGCUGGCAUGAGAGAAAGCCACGAAUGCGUGAAAAUAUUUAAAGAGAAAUAGAGAAGAAACUUGAGGAAUAUCAGCGGUGGGGCAUUCUUUCUCCAGUACAGUUUGUUUUAUGUGAAUCGCAGAAAGAACAAAAGUGAGACGGCACGGUGUAAAACAGGAACAGAAGAAUGGCAGCUACAUACAUCCUCCUCUUCAGUUUGUGGGUCUCUACAGCCUUCACCACAGGACUGAUCUGCCCUCAGCUCUGCACCUGCUCGGUUAAAUACAGCCGUCUCUUUGCAGAUUGCUCCUACAAGGAGCUAGAUAAAGUCCCAGAGGGUUUUCCUCCCAGUGUUGCGACCAUUAGUCUCUCUGCUAAUAAAAUCAGUGUACUACUUCUGGGGACAUUUGACAAUGUCACCAGGUUGAUUUCCUUGUGGAUGUCACACAAUGAGAUUGUGUCCAUUGAACAGGGGGCGCUUGUGCCUUUGGUUCAUCUGCAAAACUUAGACAUCAGCCACAAUAAAAUAGUAGACUUUCCUUGGGAGGAUCUACAGAACCUCACAGGACUGUAUAUGCUGAAGAUGAAUCACAAUGAGAUGGUCAGCCUGCCAAUGGACGCCUUCUCCAACCUGAAAGAUCUGAAGUCUCUUCGGCUCAACAAUAACAGAUUUGUGACCAUAGCUGAAGGAACAUUUGAAGGUUUGCUGUCUUUGUCACAUUUGCAGAUUUAUAAUAAUCCAUUCGCUUGCACCUGCUCCCUGGAAUGGUUCAGAGUUUGGAUUUCAACAACCACCAUAUCACUCACUGAGCACAGUCCCAUCACUUGUGCAACACCAGAGAAAUUUAAAGGAAUGGAGAUCAGGAAACUGCCUGAGACAAAAUGUACAAGCCCCAAUGUCACAGUAUGGACUGAGUCAGAUAAUGCACAAUUCUAUGAGGGCAGCAAACUGGUCUUGACUUGUGAUUUCAAAGGAAACCCAAAACCACUAGUCCUGUGGAGCAUUCACAGCAAAAGCCGAAAACAGGAGCUGGCUUUGUUGUUUGCUGAGGAGGGCUCUGCAGAAUCCAGCGAGGACUCCUCGGUGUCCUACGAGUCGGAUUCAGUCAAAGUCUUUAAUAACGGCACACUUCUCGUUUCAAACCUCAGGAAGGAAGAUGGGGGCAACUACAGCUGCUCUGCCACAAAUGAGCUUGGAAGAGCGGAGGAUUCAGUUUUAGUUGAGGUGAUGGCGCUGUCUACACCAACACCCAUGAAGCAAAUGACCACAGUACCCAGUUACACUAAAACAAACCCAUCUACACGCCAGGAAACAGUCAAAGCAUCUGCUUUUAAUGCCGUGCAGAGAAAAAAAAUUACGAGCAUCAUACCCACUCACCCACCAACUGCAGACAGUGUUUCCGAACCUAAUGAGGAUUUAACAAAAUAUCUAUCUAGCAAAUGUGGCUUGACGGCUAAUACGAGCUAUAUUUCAAGCCCUGUCUCAAACGGGAGCCUAGAUGACAUUAAAUACAUGUUUGACUUUGGUGUGAUUGCAUUAGGAGUGUCAGAAACACAGGCAACAGUGCGACUCAAUCCUCUUCUCAUGGCCAGACAAAAGGGCAACCAGGCAGCUGAUGCCACCUCUGACAACAAAGAGCACCACGGCCUUCCAGACAUCUCAGAAAAAGCCCCUUCAAAUGGCUUGUAUCUGUGCGUCACCGCGGACCUAAAACAUUCUGCCGUGCAAUGGUCGAAGAUCAGGGAUGGCGUCAACUCGUAUCAGUUCAGCGGUUUGCGACCAGGCACCAACUACUCCCUCUGCCUGACCUACAGAGGGGAGGACUGUGAGGUCCACGUGCUGUUCACCACAAGAAGGAAGGUGCCAAACCUUUUCAUCAUCAUCUCAGUCAGCAUCUGCCUCCUGACCGUGUCCACUGUGCCUCUGCUCGGGGCUACGUGCUUCCACCUGGUGUACAAGUACCGCAGCAAGACCUACAAGCUGAUCCUUAAGGCCAAAGACCAGUAUCACAUAGAGAGGAACCUCACCACCAACUUCAACAUCUACGCACCUCACGCCGAGUCUCUGAAGAAGAUUGACAGCAGCCAACUGGAUGAAGAGGAAGACGAGACGGAGAGCGGAGAUGGGGACAAGGAGGCUGAUACGGAAGAGAGUGUGGUGACUGACUCCUUUACUUUGUCUCAGUGCAGGGGGAAUUUGGACGACUGUGAGGUGGGAUCUGAGUACAGUGACAGGCUGCCUCUGGGAGCUGAAGCAGUGAAUAUUACAACUAAUUACAAAUAUCCCAGUCAGUAACUUGUCAAGUCAAGUCAACUCAAGUCAACUUUAUUUGUCAAUUCUGCCACAUGUACAGGACAUACAAAGAAUAGAAAUUUCGUUACUCUCAAACCCUAGUGAUUAAAAAUGCAAAUAAAAUAAUUAAAAAGUAAAUAUCACUACCUGUGAUAUAAUGUAACUUGCUUUCGUAACAUCCCCACCACCUCAAAAUUACAAUCCCACACAACUAAAUGACAUCCUCCAGAAUGAUUGUAUUUGUUUCAUUAAUACUGAUUGUAAUUAACAUAUCAGUUAUAUUCUCACCUUUCUCUGAUGCUCCAUUUUUUAGCAAUUAUGUAAAUAUUAGCUGCGCAAGACCAGUCUCCAUGGAAUUUAACCCAAACCAUGAUAAUUUAAAUCAAAAGGUUCCACGGAGGAGCUGAAACACAGUGUCCUGGUUUAAAUUAUCGUAGAUGAUGACUUUGGAAACCAUAUUUCCCCUAAAAUGUGACUACUGAUGUUAAUCAGUUAAUCAGUUAAUCCAAGAUAAUUAAAUUAUGAAUUUAAUUAUCUUGGAUCCAGGAUUGUUUAUCAUUUGUUUAUUAAUUGUUAUGUUGCUUCAUUUGUUGGUGCCAUUCAGUUUCAUAGAAAUAUGACUUUGCUAUACUCGCUUGAAACAACAAUCCAUGCUGCAGCAUUCAAUGAUUGGAUGGGCAACUGGUUGCCUGUCUAUUGAUCACUUGUGGAAAUUUUCCAGACACUCCAGUGCAGCAAAUAGGACAACAACGCGCUGAUAAAAUCCCCUCCUUCAAAGCAGGAAUUGUCUGUACACUUCUACCUUGUUAAGAGAUGACUUGAAAAUUAUUAUUUUAAAAUUUGGAAAGAAGUUUCUCUUCUUGGUGAGAACAUGAUUAUCACCAUGGUGACCAUUGAUUGAUCUUAGCACUAAACAACUAAAGGUAAAAAGAGUUCAUUUGGUCAUUUUCACACAUGUAAGAGAAAAUAGGGGAUUGUCUGUACAGAUGUGUAUUUACUACUGAAAACACUCCUCCUGCACAUUGUGAGGAGCGUGCAGGAGGCAGGAUGUGAUGUUCAUCACCGGGCACACUAUCGCCUGCUCUGUUCACACGUGGGCAAACCACGCAGUGUGUAGACUUUCUAAUAUCACGCUUGUAGGGUGAAGUGUAUUUAAUGCAGAGAUCUGUUCUGCCUGGUGAAGUUCGAGGUUACAGUGAAUUUACGAAAACUGUAAUAAAAAGUUGGAGAAAGUUGAAGAAAGAAAGCAAACUGAAAAGCAUAGAGGACGUAUGCACUGUGACCACAUCUGCAGAAUUCCUGGUUUUCUUCUUUGAAUAAAAAAAAUCUUUUACAUUUUUAAAUGUGCACCUAGAUACUAGAGGUGCAACGAUACUCGUAUCGAUA